AUGUCGGAAACAGAUCUCUCCUCUUCUACAUCUCCCUCUGCUGCUGCUGGUCAGACUUCUGCGCCCAAGGUAGUCUUGGGGACUACAAUAAAAUUGAAUGGUACAAACUAUCUACUCUGGGCUCAGGCUUUCCGCAUCUUCAUUGGCGCUCAGAGCAAACUUCCACAUCUUCUGGCCUCUCCUCCACCCACCACAGAUCCCACCUACAGUUCCUGGCUCUCGUCUGAUUAUUGUGUUAUGACGUGGCUCCUCAACAGCACGGAACCACAGAUUAGUAGCAGUGUUAUGUUCUUAACCACUGCGAAGGAGAUGUGGGACAGCCUGAAGAUUAUGUACGGAAAUGAGAAGAAUGCUUCCCGUGUAUUUGAGAUUUAUGAGCGACUGUUUACGCUCAAACAGGGAGAUAGAUCAGUUCCGGAGUUCUUUGGUGAGUUAAAGGGACUGAUAGACGAACUGGAGAUGCAUCAGCCUGCAGUAGCUGAUGCAUUUGAGACGCACGGGCCUCGUGUGUUCUGA